AUGUCCAAUGGAACGAGGGACGACCAUAAUGAGGGAGUGACUGAGUUUAAUGUAGGACGAACGCAAACACCUAGCAUUGACUCACAAGCUUACGCCAUUCCAAUAACGGACGAGUUCAUGUCCCAAUUGUCUGAUUCUCAUACAUCUAGUAGCGAAGAGGCCAAUGAAAGCGAUGAGGUAUCUCCAAGAUCAAGUGGCAAUUCAAGUACUAACGAUGAAUUUUUGGAUGAGAUAGUCCCAGAAACCACCAAUACUUUAUUUAUGGAUACGCAAGAUCCAGGUGCCAUGAUUGAUGUGCCGAAAUAUAUCUAUGAUUCGUUGACGCAAGCUUUAGAGUCAGUGAACUUCUCUGAAUCAGUUGCAUUACAGACUAAAUUAUCUGCCGUGAUAAAUUCCAAAAGUUUAGAAUUGAAACAGUUGAUAGAUGAAGCUAAUGAAAAACUAAGUCAUUUGAGGGUAAGAUACCAAAGAGGCAUAGCGACUUCACAAAAUAUUAAAGCCAACUUGAAUUACUCUAAAGAGAAGAUUAAAAAAAUAAAUAGCUUGCUGAGUGUAGAUUUCCCAAUUGAAUUCAAUCAAGCUAGAGACAAAAUAUUAGAAAGGCAACUCGAUGACGAGGAAGAGGGGGACGAUCGAGAUAACGGCAGCAAUAAAACGUAG